UCGUGCUGUCUACUUGGCGGCAGCUCGUCGCUGCUCGGGUGAGGAGGAGAGGAAAGCGGAGCUCCGCCAGCGGACCAGGGAGAGCGUGGUGAGGAAACCCAGCAGCCCCAGGAGAGUGAGAGCCGGACCGGCUGGACCCCCGGAGGAGGACCCGAGAGAGAGAGAACCACGUUGCCACGGGAGAGGCCUCAGUCCAGGGUUGCAGUAUGUUCACUUCAGUGAAGGCCUUCGAGGGGCAGCAGUACUCCACCCUGAAGAGGCAGUGUUUGCAGAGUGGCCUACUCUUUGAGGACCCCCGCUUCCCCGCCACCGACGACUCACUCUUUUACCAGGGCAACAGGAUCGGACGUGUUGUCUGGAAGAGGCCUCGGGAGCUGUGUGAAGACCCUCACCUGUUUGUAGAUGGCAUCAGCGCACACGAUUUACAUCAGGGACAGCUGGGUAACUGCUGGUUCGUUGCUGCAUGCUCCAGCUUGGCCUCCAGAGAGUCACUAUGGCAAAAAGUCAUUCCCGACUGGAAGGAGCAGGAGUGGGAUACAGAGAAGCCAGACUCCUAUGCCGGGAUUUUCCACUUUCGUUUCUGGCGUUUUGGUGAGUGGGUGGACGUGGUGAUUGACGACCGAUUACCGACGGUGGACAACCAGCUGGUCUACUGCCACUCCAACGACAGCAACGAGUUCUGGAGUGCCAUGGUGGAGAAGGCCUACGCCAAGGUUUAUGGCUGCUAUGAGGCUUUGGAUGGGGGAAACACGGCCGACGCACUGGUGGAUUUCACAGGUGGUGUUUCAGAACCGGUGGACCUGUUGGAGGGUCAGAUGGCAACAGACGAGGUAGCCCGUAACCAGCUGUUUGAAAGAGUUCUCAAGGUCCACAACAGAGACGGUCUUAUCAGCUGCUCCAUCAGGGCAACCACAGUAGAAGACAUGGAGGCGCGGUUGGACUGCGGUCUGGUCAAAGGCCAUGCCUACGCUGUGACUGACGUACGGAAAGUGCGGCUAGGUCACGGACUGCUGGCCUUCUUCAAAUCGGAGAAGUUGCACAUGAUCCGCAUGAGGAAUCCCUGGGGAGAGAAGGAGUGGAGUGGCCCCUGGAGUGACAGUUCAGAGGAGUGGAACAAGGUCAGCAAGAGCGAGAGAGAAAAACUCGGUGUCACUGUGCAGGACGACGGCGAGUUCUGGAUGACAUUUGACGACUUCUGCCAGUACUUCACAGACCUAAUUCUGUGCCGCCUCAUCAACACCUCCUACCUGAGCAUCCACAAAACCUGGGAGGAGGAGGUGAUGAGGGGCUCCUGGAUCCACCGCCAGGACCCCCUUCGCAACCGGUCCGGAGGCUGCAUCAAUCACAAGGCCACCUUCCUGCAGAACCCUCAGUACGUGUUUGAUGUGAAGAAGGUGGAGGAUGAGGUGCUGAUCUGCUUACAGCAAAAAGAGAAGAGAGCCACACCCAAAGAGGGCAAAGGGGAAAACCUUGCCAUAGGUUUUGAUAUUCACCGGGUGGAGCUAAAUCGGAAGUACCGUAUGCACUCAGCCCAGCAGAAAGUAGCUGGCUCCAUCUACAUCAACUCGCGUUGCGUCUUCCUCAGGAAGGAGCUAAAAGAGGGCCGUUACGUCAUCAUUCCCACAACCUUUGACCCCGGGCAGCAGGGCGACUUCCUGCUCCGUGUCUUCACUGAUGUGCCUUCAGACUGCAAAGAGUUGACUCUGGAUGAGCCUCCUCAGACAUGUUGGACGGGGAUGUGUGGCUACCCUCAGCUGGUCACUCAGGUCCAUGUACUGAAUGCUGAGGGUCUGCAGGGACAGGACUCCAAUGGAGAGCUUCACUGCCUCAAUCCCAAUAAGGACAGACUUCUGAGCAAAGCACGAGCUGUAGAUCCCUACGUGAUCAUCACCUGUGAAGGAGAGAGGGUUCGUUCACCAGUCCAAAAGGACACACGUUGCCCAAACUUUGACAUCAAAGGCCUGUUCUACCGCAAGAAACCCAAGGACGGCAUCCACAUCGAGAUCUACAACAAGAACAUGAUCGUGGACACCUUCCUGGGUCAGGUGAUCAUGUUCAGCGACCCCAAUGAGCGGCAGGAGCAGCACACGCUUCACCUCCGUGACAAGGGCAACCGCCAGGACAACGACCUCCCGGGCACGCUCACUGUGCGCCUCAUCACCUCGACCACGCUCACCAACAUCUGAUGCGCUCGUUUAUACGGUUAUAACGAUUAACUCUCAAGGUGGCGUUCAAGCGUGCCCGUCGUUCAUGUUCACUGUUCAUCCUCAAACCAUUGCGGUAGCUCACGGUGUUUGUUUGAGUUUUUUUCUGCCGUUUGCUUGAUUUUUUAUUUUAUUUUAUUUUUUUGCUUCAGCAUUUAAAUUCAGUUUACCUAGAAGGAAGGUGUCUAUUGACAAUAUAUGGGGUUUGUAUUUAAUCUCCGUCCCAUUAUUUACUGUUUGCAUCACAAAUUUGUUCUUAAAGUUCUUAAACUGAGCUACAGUUGAACUGAUUUUCAAGAAAAGGCUAUCAUUAGCCUGAGAUUUUAUCAAAUCCGUUCUUAGUCUGACCCUAAUCUACAAACUUCUUUUUUUCUUUCAUAUGCAUAGAGUUAUAUUCAGUCACAUACACACACUCAUACACGCACAUACUACACAUAUGCAGACAUUUCUGCACUCUCCAUGCAUGUGCCAAUGUUUCCAAGGGCUAUGCAUUGCCUUAAGGUUGAGUCUGUCUCUCCACCUUGAAAAGGCGUUGGGAGGGGGUGGGUCACGUUAAGUACUCUUUAUCAGCUGUCCUCAGUGUUAGCACAGCCUCCAUUCCUCAAAAAUCUGCAUUACAGCCCGCUUUUCGUCAUAGUUUCAGUUUGUGUCUCCCAUAAAAAAACAUCACGUGUACACUCUUUUAUAUCUGUGGAUAAUCGUCCCACCUGGUCCGCUCACCCAGACACCUCAAGUCUUCACCAGUUUGUCGGUGCUUCAGAGAGCAUGCCGCACUGUCUGUCACUUUUUACUGUGGACUUUACAAACGAUAGCCAAUAGCAGCUAUUCUCUCCCUCUACUGAGAGCUUUUCUGUGUUAUUCUGUGAGCGCGCUCGUGUGAAAUCUUGCCUCCCGUCUUCCAUCACUAGUACCAUUUCAGACUUCCCGAGAACGCUUUCUGCCGGUUGCUAUGGACGAUCUCAAAACUGCAUGGCUUUACAAAAAAACAAACAAAAAAAAAACUCUUUGCCUGUGCUGCACAUCUCUCCGGUCGUAGCUUAGCAGCUGGUGCUUUUGAUAGUGCUGCCCUUCCUCUUCGAUCUCCACCCACAUGUACACCUUUCCAGUCUAGCGGAGUGCAAAGAUUCACCCUGACAUAAUCAAGUGCUUUAUGGGACCAAAGAUGAGCCAGACCCUCCGCUCUCUUAGUCCCUUUUGGACCGCCCAGGCCUGGCCCAAGCCUAGCUACAAACCACCACCCCCUGUGCCACAUCAUCUCUUAACGGCAACACCACUGCCUGACGCUUCCUCUGACUUGAGUCUGUUGGCCGGGGCCAAAGACUUAUGCCACGUGACCCCAAGAGACAGCAGCUGUGCUUCUGCUGAUGGCACAGAACAGGCAUACUUGUGUGUGUGUGUGUGUGCGUGUGUGUGUGUGUGUGUGUGUGUGUGCUUGUAUGUGUGUGUGUGUGCGUGCAUGUGUGUGUGUAUGUGUCCUACUAGUUGCAGCCUAGCUCUGAAUGAGAGUGUUUGGGGUGAAUGUCUAUCUGUUAAUCCACGUUGCACCUGGAAGAAAACGAUUUCCGAAGAAAGGUGUGGAACGAAAGGAAAAUCGCCCUUUAUGGGAACACACACCUUGCACUUUAUUUCAUUUUGAAGCGGGGGGAAAAGGACCCUUAAGGAUGAAAAAGAGAGGAGGGAGAGCAGAAGAGACAUCCUGCCAAACAACCUGUGCCAUCACCUUGGUCCUGGCCUCCACAGCAUCAAAACAACAUGGGACAUUGGAUGAACUGUUCAGUGAUUUCAGGAGGAUUUCAGGUGGAUUUUGCAUAUUGAACCAACACUGGUACAAUGUAAACUAUCUUUGGUGGCAUUUCUUGUAUAGCUUAUGUGGCCAUCCUUUGACCUUUUAGCACCGAGGCUUUUUGUGACAGAAGGCCAGACAGAAAAUCACAACUUGUGUUUUUUUUGUUGUUUUUUUUUUUUCAAAAGUGCAAUCUCAUUUCACAGACUUUUCAUUCCAGGUUUUGACUCUUGGGUAUGUCUUAUUUUUUUCUUUUUCUUCCCCACAUUUCAUAAGAAUUAAAAAUGUACAUUACAGUCAUUAUCAACAUUUCCUUUGAAUGUAAGACAAACAGUUAGUGGACUAAUCUCUCGAUCCAACUAUCAAGUCCGUUUUCCUGAUUUGUCAGCGCCUUUUUCCAUUACUUGAACUGUCACACAUGGCAUUUAACUGAUCACACACCUUUGUGUACAGCAUCUUUAUAAAUGUGUCUUGCAUGGGUUAUUUUCCAAUAUGUUCAUGGCCUUGUAUUGUACUGUUCAAUUGUUACUAUAUAUAUUUAUUCUUUCUAUCUCAAAAGUCUUGGAAAAUGCUAGUUUUGAGCAGGCAGCAUGUCUAACACUAAUGCACCUCUAGUCAGUCUGAUCAUAUCAACAGGUUUGAAACAGUUAUGUCUUGUAACACAGUGGUGCAUUCAUAAUGCCUCUAGCAUCGGUGAACAUUAGCAGCAGUUGUUGACUACUAUUUAGGUGCUAUUUAUCUUCUCUGUGCUCUUUCUGUAUUGUUUUCAGUCUGACAGAGGGACAGAAAUUGAGUGAUGGUUUAGUGUGCAGGCAGACGUUGUUGGAAACUGUAGUGCCAAGCAGUGUACGGUUAGAUGUGAGCAUGGGCCUGGAUAGCUGAGCACUGAGACUCGAUGGAGUGUCCUUGUGCAAGGCACUGAACUCCUAACUGCACCAGUGGAGCCUCGUAAUGGUUAUUGUACAGAUCAGCUUCCAGGUGUGACCGUACAUAUUUGUAACUCUAAUCCCCGCCAGGUCAAUACUGUGAUGUUCCAAAUCAGCAAUGGAAUGGUUAACUGAGGGUAGACUGAUGACUUAAUGUGAGAGAUUAUCAGUGCCAAAGGCAUCGGUUGCAAGUUAGAUUUGAUUAAACUGACAGUACACAAAUUAGGAGGUGACACUAACUGAUGAAACUCUCAUGUUUUACUGUUACAUUCGAGCUAAGCAUCCAAUUUUCUGAAGAAUAAUGUUUCAGAAGGUCGUUUACCGCUACUUUGGAGGAAUUUCCAGAGUCUUCAAAGAAUCUUUUAACCAUCUGGAUGAAAAAAUAAACUGUGCAAUAAACAGGCAGCCGUCACAUUGCAUUACAACACACUUCUCCCAGUCCCUGUCGCUCACAAUGUCUAUCAAUUAUGUAAAAAUUAACUUUCCAGAUGGUUUCCUAUGAGAUAUUACAUACUGUCUGUGUUGAGCUGUUGGGGCAGGAAGGUUUGAACCGGAUUCAGACAGCCUCAUGCCACAUGAAAUAAUCUUCAGAUGUAGUUUUCAAUCAACGGUAGCACACAAAAACAGUGUGUUAUUGUCAUAAGUGAGUGUUCAAAGAUGCUGCCAGGAAAUGACAGAUGCCCUUGAUAAAUUUGUACAACAUGAACCAAACUGAAAGAAUUAUGCUCUUACUUGUAUCUGUCCACUAAUUAAUGUCGCGUUCUUUUAUUGUAUAUUUUCAAACACAGUUAAAAGGGCACACAGAUGCGUGUGAUUCAGCUUCCUGGAUAGGAAUUAUAGUCACAACUUGGAAAGUAUGUUAAAAUGUGGAUUUGUUGUUCAAUCGACUGAAUCCAUCCAGAUGAUUAGAAGAGUCUUUGAGGAUUGUGGAUAUUUCUUCCAAACAGUGGUUAUUUUUCAAAAAAUCAGUGUUUCGCUGUACAAAUCAAAUGUAAUGGUUAUACAGUGGAGAGUCAAACUGGGGUUAUGUGACACUGGCAUCAACUAAAGACUAACAGACACACACUGUUUUCACAAUUUUGUUGACAAAAACCCAAUUUAGGUGACUUUAGGCUAAUAACUGCUACAUGGUACAUUCAGGAAAGCCAAUUCAAGCGUAUUGUCUUAUUUCAGUCAGUGUAUAAAGUAACAUAUACCAUUGUAAUCGCUGUGAAAUAAUGUGUACAGUUUGAUCUUUAUUUAUGGCAGUACGUAAUUGAAACCUGCUCCUUAUUAGCCGUGUACAUUUGUGUGAUGAAUUUUAGUUUGUUAGUAGAGAAACAAAAUAUGAUGAAGUUGGAUGUGCCACGUGCUAAAGAGGGCCACCACGUAAACACAGUGUUAAUAAGCCACCAGUGAGAAGCAACCAUACAUUCCUCAAAAGCUAGCUCACAUGCAGUAGUUAAUAUAUUCCCAUGGGCUAGAAGCCAUCAGUGUUUGACAAAUGCUUUAUUACCUGGAGCUGUAUGUUGGACAGUAAACAGCUAGCUGUGUAGCAGCUAAUGAGCAGUCUACAUUAGGAGCUAAUUGAUUGAUCUUUGUAGAGAGUAGAGGUUGAAUGAACAUUUAAUUAACCCCUUUAUGUCCACUGGAUGCUGCGGUUCUAAUGCACACUGCUUGUAUAUGACAAACAUAUUAAAUACAUUUCUCUAGCUCAUUUAUAAUCGAUAUAGUAACAGAUACAGUACUCUAUAGCAUUUUUCAUUUACUGCAGUAAGCUAUCUUGAUAUGUCUCUGUGCACGGUACAGUAACGUGUCUGUUGAACUAUCAAAAGCAUCACCUUGGCUUUUUGAACAUAUAUUUAUGUUCCCAUGAGGAUGAACACUGAGCAUCUUGGUGAACAUUAGCUCCAUCACUGAGUCAGAUUUUUUGUUAAUUUAAUGACCAAAUAUCUGCAAAACUAAUGGUGUUAAUGCUAAUUAGCUAAUGUGAGCAUGGUUUUUAAACAUCAUACCUGCUAAACAUCAACAUGUUAGCAUUCUCAUAGUGAAUAUGUUGCAAGCUCACGUUAGCUUGUAGCUCAAAGCACAAAAGUACAGCCAUCACAUAUAUAUAUAUAUACACACACAUUUACAAACAUUCAAGAGUGAACUUCAUACGUGUCUUUAAUGUGUAAAGAGAACAGUAGAGAGAAGAGCAGUGAGAGAGAUGAUCUCCUCAUGCAUCCAUGGACAAUAAAGGGGUUAAGAGACAAGGAGUGAAUUUGUCUUCAUGAAUGUGCCAUGUUCCUUCUGUGAUCAUAGAUUUUAUAUUCCAGCGUUUCUCUUCGAGUGAUGCCAGAACCAUCAUUUUACUUUGAGGUUUCACAUCAGGUUUUAAGCAGUGACCUGCUGUGUUAUUUCCUGGCUCCCCCUUGUAUGGAAGUGGCACAGAAAUAUAACCGCUAACACACAACCUGACAGCUUUGAUAUAUGAAACAUUUUAGGCUUCAGAGUCAUUGUGUCACUCACAAUCCCUCAGUAAACAGUAAGAGCAAGGAGCCAAAAUAACAGCGCGUCAAGCUCAAUGUGAAAUCUAAUCAAGGCGUUCCUUUUCAAGCUUCUACUCAUGUGCCACAGCAGUGCCAAAAAGACGAAUGGUCUACAGAAAAUCAUGCUUAGUGGGUGAUGAAUUCGUACUGUACAUUGCAGAAAUGUUUGCCAUGUAACUGUUGGUCGGGCGUUUAUAACUUUUUUGUUCUCCACCAUAUGUUUUUUUGUGUUUUUGUCUUUGUCAUGAAGUGAUUCUUCAUUGCAUUGCUAUGGUUACUUGUUAUAAUUGUUGCACAUUGUGAUUCUUUGCCAAAAGUGUUAUGGCUUUCACUGUUAACUACCACACACACACACACACACACACACACACACACACACACACAUAUACACAAACACUCCAGCUACUAGACUAACCAGGCAUGGUUGGAGUUUACAGACUUUGACUGGUUUUUUGACAGUUGCUAUGAAGCUUAUCAGUCUCCUGUACAGAUUUUCCGCACGGCCAUGCCAAAGCAGGUUUUACGAACAUGAAACCAUUGGAAUGAAGCUGAACUGCUCAAAAAACGGUGGUGACUUUUGUACGAAAUCCAAAAAUGCCAGUGCAUGUAGCAAAACCGCUUCAAAUCUGCUCGCACCAUUAUGAAUCACAGAAUAUAUAUUUUGGUUUCUCAGAGUGUUGUGAAACAUAAUCCGCUGUUGCUACUUUGAUAAACAUACUGUGUGAAGUAGAAGGCUUGUGUUGCACACUUGCAUGCAUUAAAACAGUAUCCAGUUUUCUAAUAUUUUGUAUUCAGUAACCUGCAGUAUACAGUAUGUAUAUAAAAGUAGCAGCAACUUACCGGUUAUUAUUAUGGGAUCCAUGUUUUGAUGGAUGUUAUACAGUAUAGUCUAGACAUUUAUUUCAAAAGGAAGAUGUUUUUGUUCACUACCUCUAGUUAUCAGCAAGAAUACUAGGAGGAAUCAAGUGAAUUACUCAACUUAUUCCCAAUGACAUCUCUGAACCUGUCUGCAAGAUUUUGCUACAGGUUUCUUCCCUUUCUUCAGAGAUAAAGAAAGAAAGAAAGAAAGAAAGAAAGAAAGAAAGAAAUGAUGUGGGAGCCUGUCAGGAAGACAAAUUUAGACAUCUGAAUAUUUCAACACAAUAGCUAAAUAUGCUACCGUACGUUAUCUGAGGCCACUUCUCUAGGUCAUCUUCCCACCCGUUGCUAGCAGGAGACAGAGGUAUGAUCACAUUAUCUGGUUUAAGGUCUGACAAGCAGCAUAUACUUCCCUAAAAUCUCUGUGAUUAUUCAAGAGGCGUUUAUCCCCCAUUUAUCAUUUCUAGACAGAACAAUGAUGCGAUAGCAGCUGAGGUUUGCUUGCCUGCUGAUCUUAUAGAUACUGCUGCAUGUGUCUAAUGUUACAAGACACUGGACAGCGUUUUGUAGACUAUUGAAUUUGACUCCGUCGUACCAGGUCACUGGAUACAUUCUGCAUUCCUGUCACUGACAUUUUUAUCUGAGAUCGAGUCUUGUCCACUCAAGGAAUGAGCUUGUGAUUCUUCUUGUAUUUUUCUGCUGAUGUUUAUUAACUAGAGACUGGAAUACCUACUGCAUGGUGACACUUCUAGAAGAUGCUAUGGUCUUUAUAACAAGUAUCUUUUAUCAGUAUUUUAUAACCUUGUUAAUUUUAUAUAUCCACUUUACCCUGCGUUCCAAACUGGUAUGUUUACUGAUAGCUAGGUUUCAGAGAGCUGUGCUGUAUGUUCUGUACCGUGUGCUUGUCUGUGUGUUCUUUUCAGCGUGAGCUUUGUUUUUCUUUUUCAACGCGUGUUCGUUGAAUUUGGUUCUCGGUUACACUGUGGUUAUUUUAUAGCUACAAUCUGAAAUUAUUAUUUUUUCUUUUGUAUUUAAUGUCAACUUGUGGCAUGACUUUGAAAUAAA